UUUCCUUUUCUUUGUUAUUGAAGGGUUUGAAACUAUGUGUUUUCAUCGUCUCUCAAUAUAAACAUAGUUGACAUUGACUCAUUAGAGAUGUUUUGUUGAACAAGCAAAAUGUCAUUAAUUCGGCAAAUAUACAAUCUUUACAGGUGUUGUAGGGGACCUCGGUUAUUUAGAAAACACAGUGAUGACACUCAUCAGGGUAAAGCAUAUGUUCCCAAUAUAGUAGAAUCUGGUGCUGACAAAGUUAUCAAUGUGAUAAGAUUUUGUUACUCGUUUACCUACUGGACCUCACCGGUAGUACUAACCAUCCUGUACAGAAGGGGAUAUUUUACUCAGGAAGGCGGUAAAACAUUACUUGGUUAUGUAUUGUCAAUAUCAUUUGUAUAUGGUCUGGCAUAUAUGAUAAGGGGUAUGGGAAGAGCAUAUAAUGCAGAUUAUACCUUAUUCCUUGAAGUACUUCUUGCAGCAGAAAAGUCAUGUACACCACAGAAUAGGAAAAUGUUAGCAGGUUUUGACUUUGAGUUCUGGGGUUGGCCAAUUGAUUUUAAAUGGAGUGAUGUAAAUAACAGGGAAGUAAAAAGAACAAAGAUACAGGUUCCAAAAUCUUCUGCGACAUUAGGUUUAUCAAAAGUAUUCCAUUAUCCUGCAACACUAGUAAGCUAUAUGUGUGCACACACAUUUGGUAGACGUAUGAUGUAUCCUGGAGCCACAGCCCUGAUGAAUACAUUACUUGAACCAACUUUAUGCCAGAAUAGAUCUAAACUGAUUGAAGAGAAACAUGGUAUUAGAGCCAAGGUACAGACAGAGGAUAAGAAUGAGAUAGAUACUCUCUUCUUUGAUAGACGAAGCUCAGUAGGGAGUAAUGGCAAAACAGUGGUUAUAUGCUGUGAGGGUAAUGCAGGUUUCUAUGAAAUUGGAUGUACAGUUACACCAAUGGAGGCUGGAUAUUCCGUACUUGGAUGGAACCAUCCAGGAUUUGCUGGAAGUUCUGGUGCACCCCUUCCAGACCAAGAACAGAGUGCUAUAGAUUCAGUUAUUCAGUAUGCGAUUCACAAAUUAGGGUUUAUGCCAGACAAUAUAGCCUUAUUUGCGUGGUCAAUUGGAGGAUACUCAGCAACAUGGGCAGCAAUGAAUUAUCCUGAUAUUAGUUUUGUAAUUUUAGAUGCAACAUUUGAUCAUGUGUUACCCUUAGCUGAAGCAAGAAUGCCCAAGUCUUUCAAUAGCAUAACAAAGCUAACAAUAAACAACUACUUGAAUUUAGAAAAUAGUGAACAAUUAUGCAGAUAUCCAGGUCCAAUACUGCUGAUAAGAAGACUAGAGGAUGAAAUGAUAACAACUCAAGGUGAUGGCAGAGGAACAGUUCUAGAGAGUAAUAGAGGAAAUUAUUUACUGCAGCAUCUACUUCAAUACAGAUACCCAAAUAUUGUAAAUGAAACAACAUUUAGUGUAUUAUCAAGAUGGUUAAGUAAACCUAUUUCACAGCAAGAAGACAUUUUUGAUGGUGAUCUUUGCCUUUCACAAAUAAAAUCUUACAUAAAUGAAAAUUCAGAAAGUUUUCCUUGUUUAAUAGGUGAAGGCUUUACACAGGACGAAAAAGAAAACAUGACUUUAUUUUUGGCAUCUAAGUAUAUGAGUGAGUUUAAUUCAACCCACUGCUCACCGCUACCAUCAGCCUUGUUCCAUCGACCAUGGACUCUGGGGAUGUGAACUUAGAAUAUUUUAAUUUAGUCUUUAAAUUUGAUAUUUUCUAUUUGUAUAUCUCCAUUUCAUUAAAAAGAAUGAGACUUUGAACUACAUGACCUUUUCACUCAGGUUAUUUUGUCGCAAUAACUAUUAUUCUGUAUUUACAAAGUUAACCUGAAUAAAACAUUAAAUACAUAAGAGUACAUGUACCACCAUUGGAAUAAACUUAAGACUUUUCUUGCAGUAAACUUGUUAUUUGUACAUUAUUACAUGUAUGUCACCCAUGGAAGAAAUUGUUACAUUGCUUGCUAUGAGUUGUAAAACUUUUCUGACAGUAUUAAAACAGUUCACAAGUUCUUAAUGCUUCUGUAGGUAGAAAUGGCAUUCUCUUGUUAGCUUAUAUAGUCCACUUAAUUGCAUAAUGCUUAAUAGCAUAAUUGGGUUAAUUGCAUAAUUUUCUCCUGCACAAAACCAUUUACCAUUCAUCUAAUGUUAAAUUAUCUACAAGUGGCAUUUCGGUAAAUUGCAAAAAAUAUAAUAACCAGCUAUGUAUGUUGAAAUGGACCAGUAAAAAAAAAAGUCAUGAAAGGUUCCCAAUAUCCAUUAGGAAAGCACCUUGUAAACUCAAUGUUUGUGGCCUAGCAAUUGUAUAACUUCAAUGACCCUUAAUUUUAUAGUUUUGUUGACAAUUUUGGAAAUUUUCCUUUAAUGUUUUACAUGAAUUUUUAUUACAUUUUCAUAUAUAAUAUACCCAUAGUAUUUAUAACUUACAAAACACAGAAAUUUGAUGUUAUUCAGAGAGAAAGGAGGCCUUUAAAAUGAACUUGAUGUCUUUAUAUAAGUAUUGAAAAGUAUAAUAAUGAUAAGAACUUUUUAUGGGAUUAUUUUUUCUUAUAUAGAAAAUUAUUAUUUACAUAUAUGUGUGAGAAGCUUUUUUUUCAAACUUAAAAUAACAAAAUUAAUGUUUUUUUACGUAGAUUUUUUCUUUAAAUAAUUAUAGCAUCGAUGUGUACAGUAGUCUUGAUUGGCUUCAUAUUUUGAUAAGUUGCUUAUUGCCUGUAAAAUUGGUGGCUUCAAUUAAUUGCAAACGUUUAUUUUAUAUUAUAUAAAGGAUUCUACCUCUACAAAAACAUGAAUACUGCAUUCCUUGCAUACCCUUAGCCAGGGUAAAAACUAAUAAGCACUGUUAAAGUUGAUGUUCUGUUCAAAUUGUGACUGUUAAAGUCGAGUUUGUGAGUCAAACGAACCCCCAUUUGGAAAUUCCUGGCUACGGGCCUGCCUUGUAUAUUGAUGCCUAUUGUUACAAAGUUUCUGCCUGUUCUAUUUUCAUUCUGCUUGACCUCAUUUUCAUAGUUCAGCAACUGCUUAAAACAAAAUUUCAAAAUACACUCAAUUAUGAUCCAUAAAGCAGGUGAGGCAUUUCAGUGUGUAAGCUCUGGUCUUUCAUAUUUCUAAAGAUCAUCAAGCUUUUUAUAGGGAGAGGGUGUAAAAUUUAUUAUAUAACCAUUUAGUUUGAACAUCUUAAUUCCUGAAAUUUUAAGUCUUUACUAUUUGAUGCCACAUAUAAAAAUAUGAAUUUUCAAUAAACUGAGGAGUUUGUAAACAUAUGUUCAUUUGAUGUUUUUGUACAAUUUUUUUAAUUAUAUUGUAAGUUGAGAAAACUUAAUGCAGUUUGCACUUUAUUGUAUUGAUAUUUGUACAGAAUAUAUUUAAUCAGAGGUGAAUGAUGCAAUACGUUUAACUUCUGAAUAUUUACUUUUUGGACUGCUUUAAAAAAAUGUCACUAAUAAAAUUGAUAC